AUGGCGGGCACCGAAGAAAAUGCUGCUCCCCCCGCGGCCAAGCGCCCACACUCUGCCGUUGACGCCAAUGACAACGCAGAUGACGGUUCCUCCUCGGACGAUGAUUUCGGCCCCGCGCUGCCUACCGAAGCAGCCCCGAAGAAGAAACGUCGCAAGCUCCCCUUCGAGAAAGUCUAUGUGAAGGCACUGCCCGAAUCCCCGCGCUACUCCAAGUCCCUCAUGCACAAGGAGCAAUUGUCAUUUGUAACAGUUACACCGGUUACCGAUUUCGUCAUCACUAGCUCUAUUGAUGGCUUUGUGAAGUUCUGGAAAAAGAUGGCUGAGGGUAUCGAAUUCGUGAAGGAAUUCCGUGCCCACUCGAGUGAGAUCAAUAGUACUAGCGUGAGCGCAGAUGGGCGCAGCUUUGCGACAGCGGGAGCGGACAAGACUGUGAAGAUCUUUGAUGUCAUUACUUUCGAUCUAUUGUCCAUGUUCACACUGGAUUUUGUACCCCGAUGUGUUUGCUGGGUCCAUCGCCGCGGAGCGUCUCUACCACUGCUCGCCGUGACAGACCAGUCCAAUAACACAAUCCAAAUAUUUGACGGACGAGGCGAAAACCCCGAACCCUUGCACACGGUGAAAACAAUCCACAGGAGUCCUGUGGUGUCAUUGGCCUUCAACAAUUUGUAUGACUGUGUGGUAUCUGCGGAUGAAUCUGGCAUGAUUGAAUACUGGAGAGCGGGAGAUGGAUCCUUUGAAAAGCCCGACAAUGUUUUUGAGCUCAAAUCGUCCACAAACCUUUUCGCAUUUAAGAAAGCGAAAUCCACUGCCACGGCUAUCACUAUUUCCCCAUCGGGUGAGCAAUUUGCUACUGUCUCUUUCCCAGAUCGUCAAGUGCGCGUCUUUGAGUUUGCGACAGGAAAGCUUUACCGCACCUACGACGAGUCAAUAGCUACUUUGGUGGAGAUGCAACAGGCUGGAACAUCGCCUUAUCAGCUCGACGAGGUGGAAUUUGGACGACGUUUGGGAGUGGAGCGGGAGUUGGAAGAUCAGUCCGUCCGUGAUAAGGUCAAUGUUUCUUUCGAUGAAUCCGGACACUUCUUGCUUUACGGUUCCUUGUACGGCAUCAAGUGCAUCAACACCUAUACGAAUCGCGUGGUUCGAGUUUACGGCCGCGACGAGCCAUUCAGAGCCCUAAACCUCGCCCUUUACCAAGGCCAACCACAAAAGAAGGGCGUCGUCACCGUUUCCAUGGCUGCUAGUAGUAACCCACUGCUUCAAGAAGCCGAAGAGCGGGAUGCGAUCCUUCUUAGCACUGGAUUUGGCAAGGUCCGCUUCUACAUGUUCACCAAUGAUAUCGAUAUUUCCAAAUCAUCACGAGAUGUGCAAAACGAGAAACCCAACCAGGCUGCCGGUGCGUCUGAUAGUGGCCCUACCAAAGCCAGCGAAAGCGGUACAUCAGCUGUUCUACAUACGACAAUGGGCGACAUCCAUCUGCGCCUGUUCCCAUCCGCUGCUCCUCGGACUGUGGAGAACUUCGUCACCCACGCCCGACAGGGAUAUUACAACAAUACGAUCUUCCACCGUGUCAUCCCCAAAUUUAUGAUUCAAGGUGGUGAUCCUCAGGGUGAUGGAACCGGCGGUGAAUCCAUUUGGGGUGGUGAAUUCCCCGACGAGUUCUCCAGCCUGCGACAUGAUAAACCAUAUACCUUAUCUAUGGCCAAUGCCGGUCCCAAUACCAACGGAAGUCAGUUCUUCGUCACGACAGAGAAGACUCCGUGGUUAGACAACAAACAUACCAUCUUUGGCCGAGCCGUGCAAGGUUUCGAUAUCAUUCACAAGAUCGAGAAGACCACGACGUUCAAAGAGAAGCCAACACAGGAUAUCAAAAUUGUUAGCAUCAGUGUAUCGUAG